AUGGAUGUUCUCCAAAAGAGUGUCGUGACACCGCUUCAGCCGGUCCUCAAGCCCAUCGUCGAGGCACUUCCUCAACCUGUCCACGAUGCGAUCAUCUCGUUGAUCUCAGCCCCUUGUCACAAAGCUCUCGUACUCGACCUCAAUCUGGUCGAGGAUUCCGCCUGCACUUCACUAGCCAUCUCCAAGGCUUUAGGUAUCGCCAUCGUGGGCGCCAGCGCUGUGGUCAAAGUGCCGCAGAUUCUGAAGCUCAUCAAUUCUCGCUCUUCUGCCGGUGUUUCCUUCGCAUCCUACGCCCUCGAGACUGCCAGUCUUCUCAUCACCUUGUCCUACAGCGUCCGAAAUGGUUUUCCCUUCAGCACAUUUGGCGAAACCGCUCUCAUUGCGAUCCAAGAUGUUGCAAUUGGCGUUCUCGUCCUGACCUUUGCUGGCCGGUCGGUUGCAGCUGCCACAUUUGUCGCGAUUGUUGCGGCCGCCGUGUACGCACUGCUUUUCGACCAAAACCUCAUUGAUGGCCAGACCAUGGCAUAUCUUCAAACUGGUGCUGGCGCGCUCGGUGUCGCGAGCAAGCUUCCGCAGAUCUAUGCGAUCUGGAAGGAAGGUGGCACUGGGCAGUUGAGUGCUUUCGCGGUCUUCAACUACCUUUUCGGCUCUCUCUCGCGCAUUUUUACCACACUUCAGGAAGUUGAGGACAAGCUCAUCCUGUACGGAUUCAUUGCGGGCUUUUCGCUCAACCUAAUCUUGGCUGCGCAAAUGGUUUACUACUGGAACAGCCCUGCGCCCAAGCAAAAGACGGCUUCUUCCGCAAAGAUUGCGGAAAAGCCUGUUCCGACUUCAAGCUUCGCACAGAGCUCUAGUGCUUCGCCGCGGCCUGGCUCAAAGACCCCUACAACCCGCCGUCGGGGUUAA